CCUAAGUCGAGCUCCAAGUGGCAAGCCGAUAAGACAGCCUGUCUCUCUUACCCUCUAAACUCUACUCUCUUCUCUCUGCCUACGCCUACGGACAGUUCUGCUACCCUUUCCGCCACUUUUCUCUCUUCCUUCUUCUCCAUUUCAUGGCCAUGGGGAUUUCUCCGGCUGCGGCGCUGCCCGCCCUAUUCCUUGUCUAUGCAGCUGUAAUGGCGGACGCCUUCACGUGCAACAGCACGGGAGCAAGCUGCAAUGGCCUGGUCGGCUACGUGUCCCCAAACGCCACCACCCUCUCCCACAUCAAAACCCUCUUCGCCAUCAAGAACCUCCGCUCCCUGCUCGGCGCCAACGGCCUGUCGCUCUCCACCCCGUCCAACCAGACCGUCGCCGCCAACCAGACCAUCAGAAUCCCCUUCCCCUGCAUCUGCGGCAACGGCACUGGCCGGCCCAAGAACCCGCCGGUCUACAAGGUGGUGUCCGGCGACGGCCUCGACCACAUCGCCAGGGACGUGUUCUCGGGGCUGGUGACGUAUCAGCAGAUCCAGGAGUUCAAUCACAUAAAGGACGCUAGCGUGAUUUUGGCUGGGCAGCCGCUGAAGAUCCCGCUCCCCUGUAGCUGCGAUGAAUUGGGGGGUGGAGAGAGAUUCGUCCACUACGGACACAUGGUGGAGCCCGGAAGCACCGUCGACGGGCUUGCGCAGGAGUUCGGCGCCUCACCGGAAGCCAUCCUCCGCCUCAAUGGCCUCUCCGAUCCCAAAGAUCUUAUGGCCAAUGUCGCCAUUGAUAUUCCCCUUAAAGCUUGUACAUCAAUGGUGAGCAAUAGCUCAUUGGACUACCCUUUACUUGUUGCUAAUGGAACUUACUCCUUCACUGCGGCCAAUUGUGUAAGGUGCAAGUGCGAAGCAGCAAACAACUGGACAUUACAAUGUGAACCGUCCCAAGUGAAUUCAUCCCUUUGGCGUGUAUGUCCUUCAAUGCAAUGCGAAGGUUCAGAAAACUUGUCCCUUGGGAACACUACAUCUUCAAGUUGUAGCCGCACAACCUGUGCCUAUGCUGGUUACACAAACCAGACAAUUCUCACUGUGCUUGCCCCAGAGUCCACUUGCCCAGCUUCUGAUGAUAAUAAUAAUAAUGCAACCAAGUUCAGUUGUUGGAGUUGGAGCUUCAUUCUCAUUUGGAUCCACUUGAUGAUGUUGCUUUGCCUGCAUUUUGUUCAGUGAGUCCUUUGUAUAUUUGUUUGUAUAAGAUUAGUGUGGUACGUAAUUUCAUCAAUAAGAAGUGGGACGAUUCUUUCUUUCCAAUGUGAUAGAAUGUUGGGCAAAUUUGUUUGUCAUUAAUUAGCAGACAAGUGCGGGGAUUGAAAUUGUUCUUGGGA